GUCGUACCGCUAUUUCCUGCUCUGUCGCACCACGUAGCGCGCUGGAGAGAGCAUUUCUGCGCCGUCAUGAAGCAGCCAAUCAGGCACAAGCAUCGAGGCAUCGAGGAGAGGAAAUGGUGAGAGGACCUUUGAGGUCAAACACGGGCGGAGCGCAGAGUGUGCGAUGCACCCAGUCUACACCCUACGUAAUGCAUUGCAACUCACAAUAAAGGUGCAUGCAGGAGCAGUCGCGGACACAUGCGCGGGAUCCAAAGUGACCAAAUUCAUUGUGAUUGAUCUGAGCUUCAUUCAUCUCUUUGCGCAGAGAGAAUUGGCGACCGAAAAGCAGCUCAACUCCGUUCUCUGCUGUUCUCAUCCGAAGCGCGAGGAAAGCUUCGCACAUGUGUCGCGCCCCAACGUACGCAGAGACAAGAUCGGGGUUGCAGGUGCAAAAAGUAUCGCAGCGGAUGGCGUGGCCUCGAACGACAGGCGUCAUUUCGCGCCAGGAAGGUCCUGUUGCAUUGAAGGCUCAAAGUGCAGCUUUGGGGAUGCGUCGACGACGAAGGGGGGUCGGCUGGCGCCGUCCGCGGUCACUCGGCGAUGUGAUUUCCAGGACGGGGCGCCCACAAAGACUGCUGACAUACCUAGCCAGCUGGCUGUCCGCACACUCGGUGCGACCAGCGAUACUUUGCGAGAACGAAUGCGCUUGCGCGGGACACACAGCAAUUACGAAUACUCACGACUUGAAGAGGCGUGCCUUCACCUCGCGCCAUUUGUGGGCCCCCGGGAUGGAUGCAUUUGUGAUGCCCAUAUACCAGUCGAGAGUGCGUGUAUGAUGCAUGGGCCUAUGCGACGCAGGGGGGCGAUAAGGGGGCAAACCUUCGGUGCGAUUGCGGGAUUGCAAAAUCGAUUCCGUUCCCGUCGCCAGCACGCGAUCGGCGACCUGCCUUCUGCGCGCGCAUCACUCCGCGGAGUGGCAGUGCCGAGUUCUUAAUUGUGAUUGGCGGCUGAUCAACGAGGCGCGUGUUGAUCAUAUCGUCGCUGGUGAUCCAGUCUGAGGCGUGAGUCGCGCGCGCGUGCAUGUCUUACGAAUGGUGUUGCGC